ACUUAAUUUGCUAUUUACAAGGGCGUUACAGAUGUCCACGGUCCGGUCUCUCUGUGUCCCCGGGCGUUAUAAAUAGUAAAGGUUAAUUAGUUAGCAGAGAAAUUGGAUCAGGGGCGGGCAGUUAGAACUUGAUCCAUAGACAGGUAACUCAAGCAAUCCCCAUUGUCACUGAAAUCAGACCUAUAUAAAUCCUCCUUGACAGACAGCAGUCACCACAUAGCCUUACCUUUCUGCAGGAUCACUGACCGGGCGAGAACCCCUGAACACGGAAUAAAAUGUCGCUCUCAUCUAUCCUUUCCGCUGAUGCCAUCGACAGUGCUAUCAAGGACUGCCAAGCACCUGACUCCUUCUGCCCCAGAAAGUUUUUCCAAUUGUGCGGCCUCACUAAGAAGAGCCCCCAGGAUGUGAAGAAGGUUUUUGGGAUCCUGGAUAAUGAUGGCAGUGGAUUUGUUGAGGAGGAAGAGCUAAAGUUUUUCCUCCAGAGGUUUUCUCCCGGUGCUCGUGUUCUGACAGAUAAGGAGACUAAAGGCUUCCUGUGUGCUGCUGAUGACGACAGCGAUGGCCGGAUUGGAGCAGAUGAGUUCCAGGCCAUGGUCUUGUCCUAAACAACUCUACUUCAUCAUCUCUGCUACUUGAUCUGAUCCCCUCCUCCUCUAUCCUGCUGCUUCAAGGGCUCUGUUAGAUUUAGUCUACCACUUCUCACCUGGUUAGAUAUGACUCUUUAUGUUGCAAGACUUACUCUGAUCCACGGACAUACACAGUCUCAUCAUCAUGUUUGUAGUUAUUUAUCUUUUUCAUAUGUUUCAGACCGAUCAUACUGCUGUAUUUCCCAAAUACAUGUACAAUAAAUUUACCAAAGUACUGAGAAAAUAAAAGAAUAAAAUCCAA